GUUCAGGGUAUGGGGGUUAAAAACUUUUGUGUUGCCUGAGGGCAACAGUGUGCACUAGAGGGUUAACGACUUUUUCUUUACACGAUAUCUUUCAGAUAAUGUAGACAGUAGGGACAAUACGUUGGAAUACUUCACCUGGAGAGCGGUGUUCUUGACAUUUGCACUUUAAAUACAUUUGUGGCGUAACAAUUCCCCAUUAAGGGAGAAAUAGUUAAGGGUAGUUGAUAACAGCUUGUCAGUUUGAUAAUCUUUUUCUCUCGGAAUGAGGACGACCGGACUCCAUCACCCGCUUGCGCUGUGUUUCGCCCUAGCCUGGCUCCAGACCUCUUGCGCUCAAUACCAAGAAGUGCUAUGCUUGGGUACACAUAACACACUGAGUUGGACAGGAAAUCCAGAGACACAGUACGAGCUGAUGAGGGAAAAGUACACUGGCUGUGAGAUUGUCAUGGGCAACCUGGAGAUCAUCAUGAUGAAACAUUCGAUGAACUUCACUUUUCUACAGUCCAUCAGAGAGGUUACAGGUUAUGUCCUAAUAGCCCUUAACCAGUUCAGCCACCUUCCACUGGAUCAACUCCGAGUCAUAAGAGGCACCACUUUGUACGAGAAUCGCUUUGCUCUGGCUGUUCUGCUCAACUACCAGAUUGAUAGCCGACAUGGACUGAAGGAGCUGGGUCUCACACAUCUCACAGAGAUAGUGGAAGGAGGUGUGUACAUCAAUUUUAAUAAGUUCCUGAGCUACGCCCCUCAGGUGAACUGGUUGGACAUAGUAAAGGAUGAAUCUUCUGAAGUCAUAAUUGCUGACAACGGGCCUGAACGACAUUGUGAUGCGGCAUGCAAAGGUCCUUGUUGGGGGCCCAGGAAGGAUAGCUGCCAGAUCUUGACAAAGACAGUGUGUGCUCCCCAAUGUAAUGGACGCUGUUUUGGGAGGAAUCCAAGUGAGUGCUGUCAUAUGGAGUGUGCAGGAGGUUGCACUGGACCCCUGGAUACUGACUGCUUUGCAUGCCGUAACUUCAACAACUCAGGCUCCUGUAUGCCCCAGUGUCCACAACCCUUCAUCUACAACAAGCACACCUUCAAACUGGAGCCCAACCCCAGCGCCAAGUACCAGUACGGUUCUAUAUGCGUAGCCCAGUGCCCCAAUAAUUUUGUGGUGGACGGGAGCUCGUGUGUAAGUAGCUGCCCCCCUAAUAAGAUAGAGGUCGAACAGGGAGUGAAGAGGUGUGAGCCCUGUGGAGGUCUCUGUCCCAAAGUUUGUAAAGGAAUAGCCUCCGGACAGACAGUGGACUCUCAGAACAUUGACAGUUUCAUCAACUGCACCAAGAUCCAGGGCAGCCUGCACUUCCUGGUCACUGGGAUUCAAGGGGAUCCUUUCAACAACAUCCCACCUUUGGACCCUGAGAAGCUGAAGGUCUUCAGAACUGUGCGAGAGAUAACAGACAUUCUGGAUAUCCAGUCAUGGCCUGGAACUCUGACAGACCUGUCUGUGUUCUCCAACUUGACAACCAUACAAGGAAGAACCCUCUACAGAGGAAGGCACUCCAAAAGAGGCUACUCCCUUCUGGUAAUGACCAUCCCAUCGCUGACCUCUCUGGGCCUGCGUUCGCUGCGUCACAUCAACGACGGUGGAGUCUACAUUACAGGAAACAAGAAGCUGUGCUACCACCACACUUUCAACUGGACCCGCCUCUUCAUCACCAGCUCACGCCCACAUCACCGCCAGAAGAACAUCAAGGAAAAUCGUCUCGAGGCCAAGUGUGUUGCGGAGGGGAAGGUGUGUGACCCCCUGUGUUCGUCUGAAGGGUGUUGGGGACCCGGGCCGGACCAGUGUCUGUCCUGUAAGAACUAUAGCCGUGGGGGAACCUGUGUCCAUCGGUGCAGAUUUCUCACUGGGGAGGGGCGUGAGUUUGCAAGUCCAAAUAGAGAGUGUAUGCCUUGUCACUCGGAGUGUGAGGUCCAGGAGGACGGCCCACGUGCACAGGAGUAUUAGACCGGUGUACCAGUCUUUCUGGCACUUCAUCCCAAUCAAUCAAUAAUUGGUAGAGGCACCUUUGACUGCAAUUACAGCAAUUAUUAUUUUUCUAUCUUAUGUCUUUGCAGAUUUGGACACAGAAAUGUUGUCUCCCAGUAUAUAUAGUGUCUCUCAGCUCUUCCGUGGAAGACUAACUCCUUAAGACUUUCUGUAGGCGGCUUCAUGCUCUCCAUGACUAGAAUCUUUCCUUGCAUGUAUAUUCCAUUUUUGAGGACAGAUUCCAAAUCGCCAUAUCUUCUCCAUUUCUUAAUAAUGGUCUUUAUAUUGCUCAGGGAGACAUUCUGUGCUUUGAAAUAUUCUCACAUCUUAACCCUGAUUGAAUGUCCUAUCCCUGAUUUGAACAACCUAAUCCUGGAUUUGCUUUGAAUGUCACUUAUCUUCAUCAUGUCGUCUUUGUUAGAAAUUGUACUAACCAACUGUGGGACCUCCCAGAGACAGUGGUAUUUUACCUGAAAUCAUGGGAAAUGGCUUCGAUGCACCCUGGUGGACACACUGGUGGACACCCUGGUGGACUUUCAACUAAUUACAUGAUUUCUAAAGACAAUAUUUUGCAACGGAGCACAUUCAUGGGUGUCAUAUCAAAGGCGGUAAAUCAAUUUAUGUUCUAUAUUUGUAGUUCAUUUUGAGAUUUUAUUUUACAUUAUGGAUUUUUUUUCAUACUGCAACAAAAAACGUGUAAGAAUCCAAUGGGGUGAAUACUUUUGAGAGCUAUGUGUUGAGAACAUGAUUUUGGGGAGUCUCAUGCUUACAAGGGCCUAAUUGGGGGGGGGGGGGGGUCUUUUCACAUUGUGUACCUUGAUUGUUGUCAUCAUGUAUUGCCCAAUUUCUGUAUCCUGAUCAACAAUGAAACUUAAUCAGUUACUGUACAGUGAUGUUGGUUUUUAUGUUCAGAAAUAUUUUUAAGGAAAAUUAAAAAACUAAUUCUCUGGGACUGGAUAAAGCCUAUCCUAGGUGCUUCCACCAAAUAUUAACACAGACAGCUAAAUACUUUUGUAUUAAUAUUAUAUUUUUACAUUACAAUAAAAACUAAGGUCAAACUUAA